AUGUGCGACAUCCCCUUCUUCCCCAUCUUUCCUAUCUGUUUUCAGUGCGGCACCGAUCAGAAUCCAUGCCAUUGUAAAGUCGUCGGUCCGACUCUCGGUCGUUCUCUGGCCAACCUCGAUCUUCUGUGGGUGUGGAUUAACGCAGACCGGUCGCGAGUACGCACUGAUAUACCCCCCUUUCCCCCCCCCCUGCCACCAAGAUCCAACCUAACGCGUAAUAGCAUGUUGGGAUAUCCUGUGAAAUUAAACGGGCAGGUCAGCAACGCGAUACCAUUCUGA